AUGGGAGACAAGCUGCCGGAGCCUCACGCCAGCUCUUCCCCUGCUGUGGCUGCCAGCGCGGAGGCGGAAGAAAUCGAGGUGCUGGACUCCGAGGAUGUCCUACCUAUGGCCGCGGAGGAUCACUGGAAAGCCCUGUUUGAUCAGAGAGCUAGCUGUUCCUGCAGGCAGGCACUAAAGCAAGAGGAGAGCAGCUGGGAUGAAGCAGAAGUCAGGAAGCAGGCUGCAAUGUUCGAUCCUGACAACACUGGCUACAUCAGCACUGAGAAGUUCCGCUCCCUCCUCCAGAGACACGGCUCGGAGCUGGACCCCCACAAGCUGGAGGUGCUGCUGGCCCUGGCUGACAGCAACUCUGAGGGCAGGAUCUGCUACCAGGACUUCGUCAACCUGAUGAGCAACAAGAGGUCGAACAGUUUCCGCCAGGCCAUCCUGCAGGGGAACAGGAGGCUGUGCAGCAAGGCCCUGCUGGAGGAGACAGGGCUGAGCCUCUCGCAGAGGCUGAUCCGGCACGUGGCCUACGAGACUCUGCCGCGGGAGAUCGACCGCAAGUGGUACUACGACAGCUACACCUGCUGCCCCCCGCCCUGGUUCAUGAUCACCAUCACUAUUGUGGAGGUUGCCUUUUUUCUUUACAAUGGAGUGGUAUUAGACAGAUUUGUGCUGCAAGUCAGCCACCCCUUGUACUUGAAGAAUGCACUGCUGUACCAUCCCCAGCUCCGUGCUCAGGCUUGGAGGUACCUAACCUACAUAUUCAUGCAUGCAGGGAUAGAACACCUUGGACUCAAUGUUGUCCUUCAGCUCCUGGUGGGGGUUCCCCUGGAGAUGGUGCACGGAGCCGCGAGGAUCAGCUUCGUGUACGUCGCAGGAGUUGUGGCAGGGUCCCUGGCAGUGUCAGUGGCUGACAUGAGGGCGCCAGUGGUGGGCUCCUCUGGAGGUGUGUAUGCUCUUGUCUCCGCUCACUUGGCCAAUAUAGUGAUGAACUGGUCUGGGAUGAAGUGCCAAUUCAAGCUGCUGCGCAUGGCUGUUGCCUUGAUCUGUAUGAGCUUUGAAUUCGGCAGAGCCGUGUGGCUGCGGUUCCACCCCUCGGCGUACCCGCCGUGCCCCCACCCCAGCUUCAUGGCCCACCUGGGAGGGGUCAUGGUGGGAAUCACCCUGGGAGUCGUCAUCCUGAGGAACUAUGAGCAGAGACUCCAAGAUCAGACUUUAUGGUGGAUCUUCCUUUCUAUUUAUGUCAUUUUUGUCUUGUUUGCCAUCUUCUGGAACAUUUUUGCCUACAGCCUGCUGGAUCUAAAGCUACCUCCCCCUCCCUGAAACCACGGGACAGAGAACUGGAGAGCGGAAAUCAUCUGUCAGCUGUGUGGCAUGAAUGGAGAUGGAGGAUCUAUUUUUGUGUUUAACUUAGGGGAGGAUGAUUCUUCUCAACACAAGUGUGUGCUGGAGGAGAUGCUUGAGGAUCUCAUGAAAGAAUGGGCUGAUCAGUUUGUCCACAAAUCCAGCAGGUUCUGCAGUCCUGGCCGGCCGUGCCCUGCGGUUUGUGCCCUGCCCCUGGGCACUCACUGCCUGGGCUGUUGGCACACAUCAACGUUCUGUAGGAGAUAUCUGUAUUUCCCAGGUCAGUGCUGGAAUUAGGGCCAAUUGCAGAGUGAAUCUCCUCAAUGUUACUGGACACUAAAAGGGAAAAAGAGCAGACAUUUACUAGUUAGAGACUCCCAUGGUACUCACAGGGCAGCUUGAGUCUGGUCUCUAUGGACACAUCUGACUGUUCAGCCAUACCAGUGCCACUGUCUAAUUACUUGAAUGGUUCUGAAGGUAUUUUAGCCUGUGGUGAAACUUGUCUUGCACAACUUUCAAAGGAAUCAGCAGAACUUAAUCACACAAAGUGAUGGAGACUGGGCUUCAACCACAGGUCAAAUGAAAUUGCACUAUAAACAUUGGAAAUCUUAAAGUGUUGUGGACACCCAGGCAGAGGUGACUUCUACUGUGCAUGUUUCACUUGAUUUUAAUUAAUUAGUCCCCCCCUCCCCAGCCUACUGUGGCAAGAAGGUGUGGCUGGGGUUUCUUUUUGGAGGGAUGAAGAAAAGGAGGGCAAAUGUUCAUUUGUGGUUUUAUCAGAGGACAAUCAGGUGCUGUUUUUCUCUCACUGUAUUUCUGGCCAUGCUGACCUAACACCUGGCCUUGCAGUGAGCUCCUAGCAAGGAUCUCAACUCUUCCAGCAGGUUCUUCCUAGAAAAGUGGGACCAGGAUCACCUACAGCAGCCCAGGGUGGGAACUAUCCAGCCUUUGCAGCCAUACAGUGCAUUUGGGGCCAGGUCCACUGAAGGCAGUGGAGUUAAAUCAGGUUGUGUGCAGCACUGGUUUCCCACAGAAGUGGAAAUGGUGUUAUGGUGCUACAGUGAUCAUUGUCAAACAGAUAAAACUGGUUUUAAGGUGACUGCUACAUUUUGAGGGUGCCUCUCCCUGAGGCAAUGGAUGUUCAGGAGCUCCAAACAAGAGUUAGUUGCAAUGAUGCCUUUUUCUUUAACGUUGGCCAAGGCCAGGUCCAGGCAGUGUGACUGGGCUGUGGCACAGUCCACACAGUUGCCUGCAGGGACCUGGGGACUACAGGGGAACAUCUGUGGCACGAGCAGUGCCUACAGGUACUCCUGUCUGUAAGGUGCUUAACUUGCUUGUCACUUUAGAGAGCUGCCAAACCACAGUCCAGGAAUGUGGGUGCCCUCCUUUUCUCUCCCCUUUACCCACCUAUUGGAUGGUCUGGAUAAAGAAGCCAGAAGAGUCUCUCCAGACAAGCUCCUCUUUUCCUUUUUUCCCUUUCCCUGCUGGUGCCCAGGCACAGCCCCCUGAGCCUUCCACAGCACAUCUCACAGGCACUGUGGUAGUUGUGUAGCAAAAUGUCUCUGUGUCAUGGGCUUUAUUCUUUCAGCUGUGUUAUCUCUGCUGCCAUAUGAUACCACAAGCUGGUAGAAGUCUAUCCUUCUAGAGGGGAUAUUCACAAGUGCUUCUCAGCUGCCCCCUUCUUUGCCUCCUGUGGGAAAAAUAACUCUGGUUUGAGGGGUGAAGUUCUGCUCCCACAAAAUGCACUGGAAAAAACUUCUGUUGCCUCGGGGAAAGGGAGGUGGGAGAAAGUAAGUGAAAAAAGCCUUACCUGAAAAGAAACAAUUUUGGCACCCUUGUGCACAGAAAUGGGAUUUCUGAGGGUGACAGCACCUUUGUUGUUCUGCAUGGCCAGUGCAAUGCUUGUGGGCCCUCAGACCCAGGAGCAAGAGGAAGAGAUAAGGGUCAGAGCUCUGUUCAGGUUCCCUGUGCCCUUUCACCUCUGCAGUUCAGAUCCAGAUGGAAGCAGUCAUGAGAGUUCCCAUGGAUUGUUCCAGGUGCUGGCCCAGGGAGUGCUGUAGCAGUGGAGAUCAUCUCCUUGUGGAGCUGCAGGGGAGCAGGAGAGCAGGGAGAGCGCUGGCAGAGACAUGGUUAACAAGUAAGGAGGACAUUCCUUCCCUCACCUAUUGCUAAGCCUUUCUCAUUAAAGAUGCCUUUAAACAGAGGUGACCAGGACUGGGAGUUCCCCUGAAGUUUUAAGGAAACUUUUAAAAUGUUGGUAGAAACAUUUUGCAAGAAUUGUUGCAAUUGCAAGAAAAACCCCUCCAAGCUAUUUUGCCUAUAAUUUACCAGAGUACAAUAUGCACCAAUUGGCUUUUAUUUUUGGUUUCUCAGCUGAAAGCUACUUAAUGCCCAUCAGAUUCUUCCCAGUGAGGGUUUCUGUGCCUGCCAGUGUGUGCUCUGGGGUGAAGGAGCAAGAUGCAGAUUCAUGAGCCACCAGUUAUCAGCCUGACCAUGGCCAACAUACCUUCGGUCUGGAAGGAGUGGGAAGGAGCUGAACAGAGUAAUGCAGACCCCCUUCUCUGGUCCUUUAUCCAUAGAUUAAUGGAGUUUACAUGAACUGGUUGAAAACAGCUCUGAGGUUGAGCUUAUGACUUGUUCUUUUAAACUGUUGUUCAUCUUCCUGACUUCCAUUCUAUCUCCCCAUACCCUGCCUGAGCAAGUCUACAAACAGCCCUGGGGACCAGAAAGGCCAGACUUUAAAGCAGUACUAAAUUUAUUGGGAGUGAAGCAGUGAAACCCUCUCACAUUCCUGUUCAUCAGAGCUGAAAUCUCCCCCCAUACAUGGAGCAGGUUGUCUGCUAGGAAUCAAUCAGCCCGCAGAGUCAGGAGCAGCACCAAGUGCUUAAGCUUUUGUAAUUAUUUCUUUUAAUCACUAAAAUUACAGUGUGAAAACUUGUUAUGUUUCUACAGAGUAUUGUGAGUUCUGGUUAUGUUGUUUUCUAACACACCCAGGAGUGCCACAGUGCUGCAGCACCACAGAGCUGAGAGCAGCCAGGCUUUCCUGUUACCUCCAGAUGUCCUUGGAGCUGCUGGCUCAUGUCAGAGCCGGAAUAUUCCCCAUCCUGCUCAUUUGUUUUUCCAACUUGUCCCAGUCAGCAACGUGUUCCUGAAGGAGUGUCCUCCGAGGGACUGUUUUUGGUGAUUCCUACGGUUUUAUUUCAGCUGCUGCCAGGAUUUUACAUCAGUCACAUAAAAUGUGACUUUAUUGACCCUCCCGGCUGUGCAGUGCCAGAGCAGAAGGACUGUCACCCACAGACAGGUUUGAACAGGGCACCUGAGAGGGAGUUAUUCUGUGCUGUGUCCCUGAGUGAGGACACAACACCU